AUGAGACCUGGCUUAGCCAUAAUAUAGGUGGGGAACAAUCCUUCUUCCUUAACAUACGUUCGUAAGAAGAUAGCUCUCUGCGAGGAACAUCAAAUACAUCAUGAACUCUAUCAUUUUCCAGAGACCAUAUCCCAAAAAGAAAUAGUUCAUAGAAUAAAAAUUUUAAAUUAGAAAGGAUCAAUAGAUGGAAUCCUUGUCCAAGUACAUUAUCUAAUUAUAAAAAGCUUCCCUUACCUUCUCAUUUAUCUAGGUUGGAAAUUUCCAAUGAAAUAAAACUCAGUAAGGAUGUAGAUUGUUUACACAUGGCCAAUUUUCAAAAUCUUCUCCAAAAUGGUGAGGAUAAUGACAUAAUACCAUGUACACCUGCCGCAGUGCUUCAUAUAUUGGAUACCUAGGAUAUAGAUGUGAGAAACCAGAAUGUCACUGUGAUUGGUCGGAGUCAGUUAGUUGGAUUCCCAUUAUCUGUACUACUUCUUAAAAGAAAUGCCAGAGUUACUAUCUGCCACUCUGAAACACUUGUUCAAGAACAUGUUGAAAACGUAUCUAAAUUAUUAAGCCAUUCAUUAGGCUGAUAUAGUGAUCUCAUGUGCAGGUCAUAAAGAAUUAGUCAAAGGAGAAUGGAUCAAAAUUGGGGCCAAGGUUAUUGAUGUCGGAAUUACAAGGAUUCCUGGAACCAAUAAGAUUAUUGGUGAUAUUGAAUUCUAAAAAGUUUUCAUAUCUCUCAAUUCUAGGCUCUUCCAAGGGUCAGUUUCAUUACUCCCGUUCCAGGAGGAGUUGGCCCUUUGACUGUUUCCAUGUUGUUUAGAAAUCUCUACCGAGUUUGGUGUAGAUCCAAUGGUCUGAAGGCCAAUGUAGAUGAAGAGGAAGAUGAGUUCGAUUAUGCCUAAAACUACUAAUUCUGA